GAAAUGGAAAAUUGAAUGGUCUGGAACGUAAACUUCACAAAAGUUUCAAUUGAACAGAAAGCUGUGUUUGACAUUUACUUUUAGUCUCCCGUGUGGUCCUCGGAUAAUUAAAACGGCGCCGCUGAAAAAGGCGGCCAUUUGCAGUCCCAAUCAAGAGAUUCAACCGCAGAAGGUCAGGCUCAAGAGUUGAUCACCGUGUUCCAUGUUUACGAACUCAAAAGGAGGAGGGGGAUGAAGAGGAGGAGGAUGAAGAGGAGGAGGAGGAGGAGGAGGCAAUAGCUGGACGUUAGACUGGCGUAACACUGUCCCCACCCACCUUUGAGUCCAAAUGAGGCAGGAAAUCAUAACAGAUACCUCCCUCACCCCCGGUCUUCAAGUGCUGUAUCACUCACGUAGACCUCCGCCAAUGCCAGACAAAACAUCCCAAACAUGUCCAUACGACUUGUAUCACAAAACUCUUCCCAUCUGGGACUUUAGGUGGCAGUAAUGCAUAUUAAAUACAAGCAAGCUCAAAUGUCGAGAAGUACAAAAACGUCCUUGAUCCACACCUUUACCCAGAAGCGUGUCCCCCACUUGGAAUAUCUGUUAUGUAGUGUUGUCGCAAACAUGCAAGCUACCUAACUAGCUACUGAGUUAACUAACCUUGUUCCAUUUGUAACAAAUUCAAUAGCUAACUAGUUAGCUAAAAAACUAACAUUGUUCCAUUUGAAACGUGUAAACUACCUAAACUGCUAACUAACUAAAGUGACAAGCUAACUAACGAGCUAACCUUGUUCAAUUAGGGUUUAGGCAGCAGUAAUAAUGCUAAUGCUAAUGCUAACUGCCCUUCUGGAAUAUUCGUUAUGUAGUGUUGCCAUAAGCCUAAAAGCUACCUAAGCAGCUACUGAGCUAACUAAUAAGCUAACUAACCUUGUUCCAUUUGAGACCUGUGAGCAGUUCAUCAGAUUCAGUUCUGCAAUUUCGCUCAAGAGGGAGCUUGAAACAGUUCUGAGAAAUAUCUUUUGCAAAGGUUCGCUCAGAAUUAUGCGCCUCUUGGUCUUCAAAGAGUUGUGAGGGAAUCUCGAAACCGUCAAAGAGUCCAAGUCAUGUUUAUGUACAUUUUUAAGAGACAGUGGAGAUGGUUUUCACAGUCUGACCACGAACAGUAUGCAUGUUAGGUUCAUUGAAGACUGAAUUGUCUUUAGGUGUGAAUGUUCAUGCUUGUUUGUCUGUAUGUGCCCUGCGAUUGUUGGCGACCAGUCCAGGGCGUACCCCGCUUCUCGCCCAAAGUCAGCCAGCCCACCCGUGACCCUCGUGAGGAGGAUAAGCGCUAUAGAAAACGGAGAGAGGCAUAUUCAGCUGGCGAAAUGCAGGCUCACUUGGCUUGUGUGCUGCUGCUGCUGUGUUUCACCUGCAGUGGACUCUGCGCAGAUAUGGAGCAGGAGCAGCAAGCGCUGGGAGAACAACUCCUCAGCAGCCUGUUUGCCUCCAAGCUGAAACAGGCGAGCAAGCAGAGCGCCCCCUACUGGCGCCUAUCGCUGGAUAACCUGUGCCGAUUGGCCGCCGGGCUGCAGCACGACGAGGAGGAGGAGGCAUGGUGGAGGAGAGGCGAGGAGGAGGAGGAAGAUGAGGAAGACGAGGGGGAACAGCAGAUGAUGAUGAGGGAGUGGAGCAACCAGAGGCUGGAGGAACUCUACAGCCUGCGGCACAUCUGCAGAGUGUUGCUGCACAGUCGCCAGGGAAGGCUACGCCACGAUUCCCGGGAGUACGUGGCGGAAAACGGCGGGGACACUCCGCUCAAGCGCAAGUCACCGUACAUCCUCAAGAGGCAAGCCACUCACGCAGCCAAGUCCCGGAGGCCGUACAUCUUGAAACGAAGUGAAAUUUACUGAUCGGUCGCCACCCCAGUUGUCCGUCCUGAUGCCACCAAGCCCCUCUACCUCCGCCCUCUCGUAGGCCGCGACCGACCUUUUCCUGCUCUGCCGCUCCUCUUGCCAAAAUAAAAAGUCGAGCAUCAAACUGAAUGAGAAACUAGAUUUCUUUAUUGACACUUUUCUUUGAUAUGUUUGUGUACAUUAAAAAAUCAUGGUACAAAAGCAUUUGUCUUGUGGUAGACAAGUACAGUGGCCCUCAAUGCUCAACAAAGCAAAACGCUGGGAUUUCUUCCAUUUGGAUUCAACAUAAAAAUGAUGGGAGGUCAGCUUCAAAGGGUUGUCCCAUGAAUGCACAUUUUUCUUUAGCUUUUAUUUUUU